ACGGUCGGGCCCGCGCGUUUGUCUGGUCCACUACAUGGUGAGGUGAGUCUGGACAUAUUACUUAGCCCGGCUCACCGCCCACCGCACCUACUCAUGUAGUUACUACAGGCCACAGUUACGGUUACAGACAUGGAUGUGACUCUCACCGUCGUGGCCGUCAUACUCACACUUCUCACGUUCGGACAGCCUUCGCUCUCAGCAGCCGACUCUCAACACGAUGAUGGAACAACCAGAAAAAAAUCAGGUCGGCUUCGGUUUUCACGGCUAGAACACGAACCGCGUAUUUACGCCGCUGCGCCAUCUGGUGUGUCCGUGACUAGAAUACGGGCGUUUGACAUCGAUGACCCAAGUGUCACCCCCUUCUAUCGUCUACUCGGCGACUCUGUGCCGGAAGGUGACGCUCAGUACUUCCAGAUACACUCAGAGUCUGGUAACCUCACAACUAAAAGGUACAUAGAUCGACCACCAGGUUCCAUCUACAAUAUUAUGGUCGUGGCUUAUAACAACGGAGAAAGCGAGUAUAUAGACAUCGCCAUCCAUGUCACAGAAUACAACAAGUACGCCCCUGUGUUUCGCUCUUCCAACUAUAAAAUCGAAGUGGAGCUUAUUGCUCCUGUGGGUACAGAGAUAAUCAGAGUCCAGGCAGUAGACAACGAUCCUCAGCCCUACAACUCUGAGAUUUACUACUACGUCCAAUCUCGAGUUGUGAGCGUCAACCGAACGUCGGGCCUGAUAUCACUGCGAGAGAAUCUCCACCCCAAGGAUCGUGUCUUCACCAUCGGUCUUCUGGCUUUCGACGGUGGUUCUCCUCGCCGCAUGGCACGUUCCAUCCUCACCAUCAACGUCAAAAUCUUAUCAGCACCAAGGGAGUUAUCUGUGGAGCAAACUGGGGACCAAUGGGCGAUGCUGUGUUGGUCACCACCCCUCAGUGGCUCGCCUUCAGGUUACAUGAUCUACCUAACGUCCACCACAGACUUUAUGUCGGACCGUGCUCCCAGCGUCACCACCCAGCGCAACGUCAGCAGAGAGGAGUUAGGUACGCGUGCCGGUCGAAACUGUACUGCCCUCACCGAUCUCGAGUCCUGGAGUGAUUUUGAGGCGAGGAUUGCUGGUUGGGACCGCUCUGAAAUCGGCAUGAUCAGCAAAGCCGUUACUUUCGACACCAAAGUCAACCAAUGCCCACCGAACGCGUGUUACCAUGGUGAAUGUAUACCUAACAGUGAUCCUACUAUCGUGUACUGGUGCAAGUGUGAUAAGGGGUAUUUUGGACUAAGAUGUAACUUAUUUGACCCCUGCUACUUUGAACCUUGUUUGAACCACGGAACUUGCUACAACCUGAACAAUAGCCAGUUUAAGUGUUCUUGUUUGGCGGGCUUUUACGGAGAGGAUUGUUCCAAGUUCAACCCCUGUUCGAGCACAGUUUCACCUUGCCAACACGGAGGAUCAUGCACAAGCUCUGGCAGCAAUCAGUAUGAGUGUUCCUGCCCAUCCGGAUACCAGGGUCGGUCCUGUGAAAUUUUCAAUCCGUGUUCACAAACUGCAUGCAAAAAUGGUGGAGUAUGUGAAAACAAAACCAGCACGGAGUUUGGUUGCACUUGUCCGUCGGGAUUCUCAGGGAGUUUAUGUGAAGUCGAAGUGAACGAAUGCUCCUCAAGUCCUUGCCUUAACAAUGGUCGCUGCGGUGAUGAGCCUGGAGGGUUUCGUUGCAUUUGUAUGCCUGGAUUUGAUGGAGAACAUUGUGAGAUCAAUGUAGACGAGUGCCAGUCUGAACCUUGCCACAACAGCGGCACGUGUGUUGACCUGGUCGAGGGAUAUUCAUGUAACUGUUCACCGGGAUUCACCGGAACCGCCUGUGAAAUUGAGAUUAAUGAAUGCUCUUCAAACCCUUGUGAGAACAAUGGAACCUGUGUUGAUGAUACUCCAGGCUACACCUGUAUUUGCAGUGCGGGAUUUGAAGGAGACUACUGCGAAGAAGAAACGAACGAAUGUAGUUCCUGGCCCUGUUUCAACGAUGGCACGUGUGUGGAUGGUAUCAACGACUACAAAUGCGUUUGUCCGCCGGGCUACACGGGACGUCGGUGUGACAUCGACCUGGAUAUGUGUGCUGAAAAGCCUUGUAAGAACGGUGGCAUAUGUGUGGAGAAAACGAAUAAAAUAAUUUGCAACUGUCCACCUGGGUAUAAUGGAACCUAUUGUCAACUGAAAGAAAGGUGCUCACCUGACGUACAAAAUACAAAGAAAGGAACAUUUGUAUGGCCUGAGGUGGAGUUCAAUACUACAGUACAGUUGGAAUGCCCGUUCGGACUGUUAUCCAGCGUAGUGCGAGAUUACAAGGGCCAAGACCUAUCGUACAAGUCGAAAACGAAAAAGACAAUAAAUAAAGAAAAUGCGGAUUCAUUAUUUUUGUCUGAUGAUGAAAGAGGAAAAAAAGAAGCUAAAAUACAGAACCAGUUGUCUAGAACCGGGAAAGCUUUUGCAGAGAGAUCGUGUCUCGUGAUGGGAGAUAGGGUUGUUUGGUCUCCUGUCCAGGACUCUAACUGUGAGGAAGAGGGCUACUCAGUCGCUGAACAGUUAACCCUUCGACUAGAGAAUCUUACUAGACUACCGUCCCAGAUCAACGCAUCUAUGUUCUUAGAAGCAACUAGUCAGUUAAGACAGGUGCUUACUUAUGCACUUGUAGACAAAAAAAUUGCAAGAAGUAUGGUGCAAGUGCUGAGCAGCAUUUUAGAGAUGAAUACUUCAGUGUUGGAUGAGGCGGAUGGGAACGGCUCAGUUUCUCGACAGCUGGUGGAAACAAUCAACAUGUACACGAGUCGUGCCAGAAUGUCUACACCUGGCAGUAACCUGGCUUUCUCCUCACCUAACCUUGCCGUUGACAUACGACUAGUCGAAAAAAGCUCAGUUUCAUCGAAGUCAGGAAUUAGGUUUAGCCCGACAGAAGCGGCCGACUCCCCAGAGGCGAGUGGACAGCGCAGGGGCUCAGCUCACCAGAUAACAAUCGUGGUACCUCAAGAAGCCGUCAGUGGAGUUGGCGCUCAGGAGCAGGUCAGGAUGCAGUUCGUCUUCUACAGGAAUGGGAAACUGUUCAGAGACCGCCGCAGACCCUGGGCUCCAUGGGAAAUGCCAGUUCUGAGUGCAAGACUGCUGAACGUAACUGUUAGAAAUCUGAGCAAAGCUGUAUCAUACACUCUACCACUUCCAUCGUCGCUUGCUUCGGUAUCUCACACUGCACACUGUGUAUAUUGGGACUCACUUCGUGCGCAGUGGUUGUCGUCGGGUCUGAAGACAAACAGCAGUGGUGGCUUAGUGGUGUGCGAAGCCAAUCAUCUUACCGCUUUUUCGGUGCUACUCGACCCACAGCCGGGCAGACAUCUCGCCCACGACCACGAGGCGGUUCUCACGGCUAUCAGUUACUUCGGCGCUCUUCUCAGCAUCACCGGGCUCAUGCUCACCGUCCUCACCUACUCCAUAUUUCGAUGCCUUAAUCGAGAUAGGUCUGGAAAGAUCUUGCUGAACUUGUGUAUAUCACUCCUCUUCAUGAACAUCUCGUUCCUGGUGAUCUCGAUCAAGGAGCACAUUGACGUGUACGAAGUGAACACUUGCAUGAUUGUCGUAAUGCUGGCCCACUACUUCGUCCUCACGUCUUUGUCGUGGAUGCUAGUAGAGGCCGUAAACAUGUACCAACUGCUCAUCACCGUGUUUGCCUCUUCUGAGACCCGCUUCAUAAUCAAGAGGAUGAUAUUUGCCUGGGGGUGGCCUCUAUGUGUUGUGGGAGGAACACUGUACCACUCAGGCAUUGAAUACUACAGAUUUAAAGAUCCCGACUGGUGUCUAUUUUCACCAUCCAGCAUAACGAUAUACUACGUAACCUUUGUCGGACCUGCGUGUUUUAUUCUCGUCGUCAACACGUCUGUGUUCUUGAUGGUCAGCAGAGUGAUCUGCCAGCGUCAAACCAUCAGCAAGAAUGGCCACAAGAACGACGAUGGUGUUACAGCUGCUCAGGUCCGAGGUGCAUUUACAGUUAUGACACUGCUUGGAGUUACGUGGAUAUUCGGCAUAUUCGCUGUCGGUGACUUCCGAUUACUUUUCCAAUACAUAUUCAGCGUGGCUAACUCUCUGCAAGGAUUUAUCAUAUUUAUCGUGCGAUGUGUCCAAUACCCGGAAGCAAGAAGGGCUUGGGGAGGGUUCCUAAGGACCGGGGAGCUCAAGAGCCACAGAAGCGGAAAAAACAGGGGAACUUCCACCAGAAACACUUCGUCCAGCAGCCAGACCAGAGGCACAGGCACCAUCAAGGGAGAUAUAGCCUGGGGCGGUGUACGAGCAAGGGCUAAUCAAGAAAGGAUGAGGGAACUAAGGACAGAAAUCGUCAGACCAAGGACGAAUAUGUCUGGCUACUCGUCCUCGUUUACUCUUCCUCGGUUGUCUCAAGCACCUCAACCUAUUGUCUUCUGCUCCAUGUCCCGCAGCAGAAGCCUUCACCUGGAGGACAAUAGUUCAAAGGAAGGUGAAGACACGUCGUGGAGGUUCAUGGCACCCUCUGCGCCCCCUGCUCCUACAGAUCAAGGGUAUGGGACAGCAGAACACUCCCCAGAAAGUCCUAGACAACAGCCCCGGCCAUGUCGGCAACAGCCACCCCCACACCUCAGCGUGUCCACGCCAGAACGGCUACACUCCACUUCCAGUCCUGGUCCAGGUCCGUCCGCGCGCAGCGAAAGUGACAUGGUCGCCGGACCUCCACAGCCACAAGAUACUCAUUAUCUUCCACGACGCGAAAGUGAUGCUACAACCACUGGACCGGCAUCUCACUCCUCUACUUCCACUAUAUCCUCCCCCACACACUCACCCUCUACCACGCCAACGUUCUCGCCAACCCCCUCAUGCUACGACGUUCACGUCUGGAGUCAGAUACCGUUGGUCGGUGAAGAUUCACAUAGCGCCCCUAAGCGUGUUCAUUGUGAAGAGCUUUUAUAAAAACAACUUGAAUUUUUUACAUUUAUUGUCCCAUUUAUUACACAUGACACGACCAUAAAUAUAAAACUACACCGACUGCACGCUGAGUAUCAACGGCUCCGUACCUCCUUCUCUCGUUCCCUAUAACAGUCACGUAGCAUCCGAUGGUCACCUACAGAUGUGGAUUGAUUCAAAGGUCAGAAUUGCCCUAAAUCCUAGUAUGGAAUUUGAGGUUUUAUAAUGCGAUGAAAAGGAAUUUAGGAUAAUUGUAAGCAGUUUUUCAGAUUUUCUUAUUUCAUCUUCUUUUAUAAAUCAACAGAGCACGCCCUAAACAAUCUUCAUCCUAUUUAAUAUAAAGUUAUGGAAAUGCAAAAUCUACAGAGAACAGUAUUGUAAUCACUACCGUUUAUUUCAUUUCACUAGUUUUAUCUAAGUUCAAGUCUGUAUAGGAAUAUCUUAGUCACAUGAUACCCACAUCCAUAAAUAAUAUUCGAUAGAAAAAUAUUGAUCGGGCUUGACAAGAAAUGCAGUCCUGUUUUAUGGUAAUUUCAUAUUACAAUGUAUACGUUUAUAUUGAUUAUUACUAUUGAUAUGUACAUUAACUUUGGACAGUAUAUAUUUUCACCACAGCGUACUUAAACAUUUUUUUCGUUUAGGAUAAGAAGCGGAAAAACUUCACAGGACAUUAAGUUUAUUAAGUUUUUUCCAACUCUUCCUUACUACAAAACCUUCCAAAACCUUCCUUACUACAAGACUAGUGUCUCCAACAGGGCUGAUCUUUCAUAACACUUUUCCUAUAUUUUUGUUUUAUUGUACUAAAUCAUGUAUAACACAAACACAAGUUUUUUUAGAUCAGUUUUUUCUUUGAGCACAAUUGUAUAAGAAUACUAAAUUCCUUUUCUACGUAUCUGAAGAGUUUAAGAACUUCAGAUCAUCGUUUAAUGUAGGAUAACAAAAUAAUAUUUAGCUGAAAAUAGAUUCCCGGAAGUUAAAGGGUACUUAUUGACUAUAGCUGGAAAAUUGAGAAUAGGAUUUUGGAGUUGUUGAAAGCCUACAGGAUAACAGCGUUUAGUCGAAGUAGUUUUAUAUCGAUGGGCACGACACAUUGAACAACACCGUAAAUUUUGUUGAUAGGUCAAAUGUGGACCACAAUUAUCAUAUCUUAGACUUAAGGCAAGAUCACAUAAGGAUCUUCACAUGUUAAGUGAGUUUUAGAAAUGUAUACAUUAAUGUACCAGUAUAUAUGGAUCAUAGACUAACUUUGUAAACUAAAAACUCGUUCUUCAAGUUAAUAGACCUUAUCUAAAAGAGUCACGCUGUCAAUCUUUUGAGUAACUACGAGCUGUAACUAAAAAUUCAUAUGCUUUAAGUGUUUGGUUAUAUUAACAAAUAAUCUGUAAAUGUACUAAUUAAAGUUAGUGACAUGAAAUCCGUGAAGGCUGUAACACUUGGCCAACAUUUGGAAUAUUUAGAAGUAUUAUUUGGUUUUUCUCUAAUAGCUGCAAUUGGCCUAUUUUGUCUAAAAACCUCAUAUUUUGUCUAAAAUAAAAUAUUAUAUUAAAGUUAAUAAUGUUUUCUUCGAACUCUUGGCAAAACGCACUCAUAUUAAUAUAAUUAACACUUAUAGUGUCAGUAAAGAAAUAAUAUUUAUAUCAAAUAAUUCAAAUGUGUAUGCGUAUUAUGAAAUCUAGUCCUCUGUAAUACUAACAAAGUGCUAUACGUAAGUAGUUAAAACAACUACUUAUUUUAAAAUUACUCAUUUAAAAGAGAAUUUUUACCGAAAUGUACGAAUCAUACAACAUACAUUUAAUAUCUAUCAAAGGAUUAUUGUAAAAAAUUCAACACAUGGUGUUUUAUAGGCGCAUACGCGAUUUACAAACUAAUAAUCCCACACACACAAAAAACCAUCAGUAUAUAUGGUAUAAGUAUUUCUUCACUUUUUCUAUUAGCAUUUUCUAUUCUUUAUUUUUCUAUUUUCAUAAGCAUUAAACUUAUAUCUAAAUAGAUUAUUAUUACAUUCAUGACAUCUAACGUAUUUUUAAAUAAUUAUGAUCAAGUUAAAAAUGUUUACAAAUUCACUGUUGCUUAAAACUCCUUUUUUCUGUGGAAUAUUUUAAGAUGUAGAACAUGAUUGUUUGGGGCAAUUAUUACACUAACGUUUUAGAAGCUAUGCAUAGUUGAAGCAUAUCGUUUUAAAAUUUAUAAUUUCUUACUACAUUUUCGUAUGGGAAGUAGAACAGUAACAUUAUAGAUCAAAUUGAAAGCAUUGUCAGGCUGAAUUAUGACAGAGUAAUUCACGUCGGUUUUGUACAAUUUAAAAUAUCAGGACUUCCAUACAGUUAUUACCCAUGAUUAUUCCUUUAACAGAUGUUACAUUUUUCUACUAAUUCCUUGUUGAGUUUUUAUUAAUUAAAGUUAGUGUAUCCAUAAAGAAAUAUUAACUUUAAAACAAACCGCUUUUGUAUUUUUAUUUAAAUUGUAGAUAUUGAAAUGUUCUUGUGUUUCAACUUGUGUACCGAAACAUUAAGUGAACUAGUACACAUGUAUGAGACCUAACGUAGGACAAUAAGUUUUAAUAGUUUAUAUUCGAUUCUUUUAUUGUAUUGCCGAUACUAUUUUGCAGUUUAAUAUUAUCAUAGUUUCUUGUUCCUAUUAAUUAUUCAUAUACAAUGUGUUAACCCUCCCUCCAGCUGAUUUUUUAAUAAAAUCCAAGCAUGAUUACCUCAUUAUAUUAUGAUUUUCAUAAUUAAAAUUCUGGAAAAAGUUAAAAAUAUUGAAUGAAGUAAUUCUAUAAUAUUAUAAUAGCAACUGUAAUUAAGGUCGUAAAGGGGCACGGCCAACCCUGUACGAUCCAGGAUGUACAUCCUGAAUACGUCCUCCGCAUACACGAUUUCACAUUCGACUUCCUUAUCCUUUAGAUUUAGAAAUUAAAACUACUAUUUAAUUAUUUAUUUUAUUUUAAGUACAUCCCAAUAUAUUAGAAAUAGUACUAUAUUAACAAAACCUAAUGCAAUUGUAUUUAUAUUAAUAACACUCAAAAAUCAAUAAAACCUACAGGGAUCAUCGUAAUUUCUGAUGAAAUUACAGUAUUCUUUAACAAAAUACAACCCGAUUAAAGGACCUACAGCGAAAAAUAAAGUUUAUAUAUAAAUAUAUAUAACACAAUCUUAAAGAGAGUGAAUAAUAUGUGAUAGAUAUAUGUGUGUGAUCACUUCCAUUAUUGUAUUAAGUAUUCAACACGUGUUCUCAUACAUGUGUACCAGUAAGAUCCCACCUGAUAAUUGAAUUGAAUAACUUAACGAAAAUACAAUGCAAAGUUCACUACAGUAUCGGUAUUCUUUUUAGGAACGCGUAACGAGUGUACAAAAGUUAACUCAACUUACACUGUAUAAGUCAUAACCUCGAGGUUGAAGUGAAUUAUGAUCGUUGUUGCGUCGUAAACUAAAACGAGGCACGUUUCGAUGUACAGCAUGCUAGUUGCUAGCAAUAUUUAUGAUGUAGUUAUGCACAAUGAUCAAGAAGUUAUCUGCGUAAAAGUGCUAGAGAAUGUUUUGAACAAACUCAACAUAUAUGAUCUGACUAUUUUAGAAUAUCUACUGCUGAAGGCUGUUAAAGACCUAUUUACAGUAAGAAAAUUCAACACAUUAAGUUUUAACUAUUAUUCUCAUCAACAGAUUGAUAACGUAACACAAUCAUUGUUUAUAAACAUCUGUAGUGAAGUUCUUUAUAGCAAUAUGUUAAUAAGCAGUCAAAAAACGAAUCCUAGUAUAUUGGUGUGUAACACGCAGAAAAAAAAUUCCCGAAUACGUUACUGAGUUCCGUAUGUACAGUCGAGAACGUCAAAUACUAUUAAUGUUAUGUUAUAGACUGAUUCACCAGCUAAAGUUACUUAAGGGGGCGCAAUCAGAUUUUGGUUAUAUUUUGUUGUGUUUGACAAGGACAAUUGAGAAAAAAAAUUUUCGUUAGAUAUUUUUGUUAUUUUAGACAUUAUGAGUAAUUAUUUAACCAGGGUGAAAAAUAAUGGCUGAAGAUAAGGAUAUGUAUUUUUCAUAAUAUUUAUAUGAAUUAAGUCCCAAAGCAGAUAUGUUUAUUUAAUCAAAUAUAACUUAAAUGAAAAAUUACUGUCGUAAAAAUGGCAUUUGUAAACAAAAUAUUACAUAGAUUUUAUUUUUUUUAAGCAUUAUAUUCGUAUUUUAUUCUAAUUAAAACCCGUUACAUUCCUCCGGUUUCCUUUGGUAUAUCCUUAAAAACAAUCGAUAUAGCUCAGGUUACUACUUAAAAUAUAUAAAAUAUUUUGUUGAAUCCAAUAUUCAGUAUUUAUUCUUUCUCAGGGAAUACGCUAUUUGAAUGAGCGGAAUUAUUAAAUUUUAAAUAUUCAAACAAUAAACGAUUAAACCACCGUCAAAACUUAACAUAUAAUUUCGUUCGUUACUUUACACAAUACAACGUCCUUAUAUUUUUGCAGAUAGCAUUUUCAAGCUUAAUCCAUCAGAACUAAUACAUAUUAUUUGUCACGAAGGAACUCGAUGCAGCGUUUCUUCCCACCAAGUUCUUCAAUCUAAAGUAACCGAGUGUUGUCGUAGUGUAAACGGAACGUGACAAACCGUGAAUUUCAUGCACCCGUAAUUCAGAACCAACAAAGCGCUAGUUCAAUUUUAAUCCCACUCCAUUAGAGAGUGGUACUGAGACUGAAAUACUAAAGAUAAUUAAAAUUAUUUAAAUAAUAGUAAAAAUCAUUUAAUUUCACUACGGGCCUUCCUACUUCUUAAACGUUGGCUCAAGCGAAACAUUCAAUGCUCAAUAUAUUUUUAUGAGUCUCGGAUUUUUUUCUGGUUAUAGGAUUUGUCUUUUGCAUAAAUAUUUACCAAGAAGUUAGUUUCAGUUCCUUGUUCAUAAACCAACAAAUUUUAAAAUGUGAUAAAUAGUGCUUGUAAAUUAUAAAAAAAUGCAGUCUCAUUUUGAUCAACGCAUAUAUAUUUUAGUUUAUUCAUUUUUACUAUCAAAUAAUAUGUUAAUUGAAUUUCGUGUUUUACAAUCGAUGACACCUACAAACACUAGAUCAAUUUAAAAAAUUACGCUUUGUUUUUUUCUAAUGUCAGGACACGGCAAUCAGAACUAUAGUCUAGAAAUCAAUAAACCUACUUGGAAGAGAGAAACACAAGCAAUUGGUUAGUUAAAUUUAUUAUUUUCAUAUCAUUAAAAUGCUUAUAAAUGUGUAAUUUUUAGCAAACAGAAAUUGUUAUAAUAGGUUAAAGUUUACAAAUAAAGUUCUAUUACGUUUCAUGUUUGAAUAUUAAAAAUCUCAAUCGUGUUUUAAUUUUAAAAACAAAAUUUAAAAAAGCACUAUCUGUUGCUAUAUUUUCAGUUAGUUCACUUUUAUCCUUGUGUUAUCCAAAAGGUUUAUUUGAUAAAGACGAAUAAACCCCUUAAAAAUAUACUUUUACCACAUGUUUUCUUUGUUACUUACCCAGACUUCAAACAAUUACAUCAACACCUUCAGAACCUUGGUGAAAUCUAAAUAUUUUCCUUUUUUAAUUGCAAUUCUUUAUUAAUAAUAAUAAUAUUAUAAUAAUAACAAAUACGAUCCAAUGUUAUAAAUUCAUUAUUAUAAAUAUCAUGAGGUUGUAAUGAUCCAAUGUCAAAAUUUAGUUUUUACAAAUAUGUUUGAACGGAUUGUUUUAUAUCACGGGGAAAUGUGUUAAUGGAGUACACGUUUUCACCGGGUUUGUCUUUUUUACAUCUAAAGCAUAUGCUGUUACUACCCAAAGUAAAAUCACUCUGUGGGUCAAACCAUGGAUGGAUAAAACAAUUGUGAAAUCAUAUAUGAACUCCUCAAAUAAUUGCCUUAAAAAAUGUACGUGUAUUUUACUUGUCUAUUUUAUUUACUUACAAUAUAGUAUAUUUUAAAUAAUAACAAUAUUAACAGUUGAAUUACGUUUUAGUUACUCAAGAAUUUUUUUUUAUUUUUAUAAGGCAGGUGAGAACUAGGAAAGUUCUUUUUUCUUUAUAUGCCCACGCCCAUAUAUUUCAGCAAUGAACCUAUGUUUUUUCUGUGGAAAUAAACUAAUUAAUAUUCACACCACGUUAUAGUAUGCAGGCCUAUAAAAAUUAAUUGAAUGCGAUAUAAAUCUAUGACUUUUGGACCAUAACUUCCCUUUCAGGUUCAGUUAAUGUUUCGUCACUCGCUUAUUGAUAGAGCAAAUAGAAAACCGUGUACAAUGUGUACAUAACCCGGAGGUGACUUCCCAAAUUAUUACUAUCAUGUCAAACAUCAAAGGAAAGAAACUCAUUCUGUUCUCGCGUAUUGGCCGUAUCAUGAAGCGUUAGUUAUUUAUGACGUUGUCACUGCAAUGUCAAAUAAUUUUCGAUUUCAUGCCACUUUGAUAUAUUAUGAAUUGUAUGAACACGAAUUAUUGAAUAUUUUAUAGCGAAAAUAACAACUUGUUACAGUUAAUAAUCUUGUUUAAAAUUGCAUGGGAUUAUUAGUGCACUUUAGUGCAAUAAAAAUAACUUUAACACUUAUCAGUUUUCCUUUCGAGGGUGUAUUUUAAUUUUUUAACUGACACUGUAACUGAUAUUAUCAUCAUAUAAUGUAUAGAUUCGUGCAAAUAAUAAAUUAGUAAUAUUGUAGUUAUCAUACAUAUGUAACUAAAAACCAUCCACUAAAACGUGGAAAAUAAAAUGACAAAUCACAAACUUUUCGGUUCAAUAUUUCUAAUUGCAAUGACUGGAUCAUCCUCAUGACAACUGUAAACAUUACGUAUGACCAACUUAGGUAUAUUGUAUUCCGAAAAUUAACUGUUACAACUGUAACAGAUUUGAUAAACGCCUGAUAUACAACGCUCAUCCAGUACGUGUAAAUAGAGUAGAAAGUUACCAUUUAUUUAGCAUAAAGUGUUAAGACUGAAUAAUCAGGACUAAUAUAUUUCUUUGAAAUGCUCAUAAUCAAACUUCACCAAAGAUAUAUUUUAUGUAAACUGUAAGAAUAUAGAUUUUGUAUAAAGUAUUAGUGGCUACUGUACUGUAAAUGUCAUAUUUGCUAAAGAUACUUGAUGAAGGAAUAUAUAAUUAUUAAGUAAAGUGUUGUUUAGUAAGAAAGGCUAAGGAAACUUGUGUGAUUUUGCUGUGAACGUUAGUAUGUGAGUGUGGUUGAAUGUCAAAACUCAAUGACUUAGUGUUGUAAAAAGUUAUGAAUUAAAAUUAUCCGUAAGAAGGUUACUAUGGUCGUUAUCUAUAAGAUAUUAAGAUUCUAUGAGAUUGUAAGAUGAGGAGACGGUGAUUUGUGUAAGAUCGAUUUCUGAUAAAAUAUACAAAUGUUGUGUUUAUGUAAUUUUAUGCUGUUAGACCACAGUGUUGUAUUGUAGGCCUUCUUAAGCAUAGCACAAUCGUUGCUUACAAUAGGUAUCCGUUUUAUUGUGUGAGUAUUUUAUUAAUGUUGUAUUUUCAGAGAAUCUGUUUUAGAAUAGAGUUUUAUUUUAUUAACUGUUUUAUGUACUUCUCUACCAUAUUUUAAAGGAAAUUUUAAUCAUUUCAUAAGAGUUGUAAAUACAUCUUUUUCACAUAGUAUAAUUAAAUUUGAUGUAGGCCUUAAAAAGUUAAAGUGACAGAUUUAAAAUAUAAUCAAUUUCAUGUACGUGAAAACUAUGACGAUCAAUGCCAAUGAAAAAGCAUUUAAUUUCAAUUCGCAUACGGAUACGGAUUUAUAUUUUGGUAGAUACUCUGUGUCAUUAUUUAUAUAUCAUUUGAUGUUUUUAAUUGACCAUUAGCAAGUCUCUUACAUUAUUUCCUUAAUAUGGCUUUUAUCAGUUCAAUUUUUGAUACUACAUCUUUUACGAAAAUACAUGUUAUGCUUCUAAUGAAACAUAUAGUUAUACGGGCCUUAAUUUACCUUAUUUAUUGCAAGGUAUUAUUAUACCUUACAUUUAAGUUUCAUAACAAGGAAAAAUAUUUCACAGUACUUUUCAUUUGUGGACAUAAAACAUAUGUAAAAUAUUACCUUAUAUAAUAAAUAGUGUGAACUCAUCUGAUUUAGAAUAAAAAUAAGGAAUAUUAUUAUAUUUGUGUAUAAGUUGCUGUAUCCUAUAAUGUAUUCUUUGUUGUAGUAAGUGGCACCUUCCUGUUAUGAGGAACACCUCAAAUAAACUGUGUUAUUUUGCUAUAAAA